GGGAGAAGGUACCUCCUAGUGGCGCCCCCGCGUGACUGCGCUUUACAUAAUCGAGGCUGCGCGCGUCAUAAGUGGCGUACUCCACUUCAGACCGAAUCAGAAUCGUCCUAAGUUCUGUGUUCCGCCCCUUCGUGGUUGAUGGACGUCGAAAUGAACCAGUGAUCGAGCGACCAGCGCUGCCGUGCCCGCCCAGAUCCGCCCGCACUCAUCCGCCCGCCCUCCUGCCGCAGCCCGCAGCCUGCUGCCGCCGCCGCCGCCAGCUCGUCCCUCAGACUGUCAGAUAAAGCGGCGAGCCGGCCGGCUGGGCGGUGAGCACGGCCCGGGCCGGACAUGGCGGCGCUCUACGCCUGCACCAAGUGCCACCAGCGCUUCCCCUUCGAGGCGCUGUCUCAGGGGCAGCAGCUGUGCAAGGAAUGUCGGAUUGCACACCCUGUUGUGAAGUGCACCUACUGUAGGACUGAGUACCAGCAGGAGAGUAAAACCAAUACAAUAUGCAAGAAGUGUGCUCAGAAUGUGCAGUUAUAUGGAACACCCAAACCUUGUCAGUAUUGCAACAUAAUUGCAGCAUUUAUCGGCAACAAAUGCCAGCGCUGCACAAAUUCAGAGAAGAAGUACGGACCACCCUAUUCAUGUGAACAGUGUAAGCAGCAGUGUGCAUUUGACAGGAAAGAUGACAGAAAGAAGGUAGAUGGGAAACUGCUGUGCUGGCUGUGCACACUGUCCUACAAACGGGUCCUUCAGAAGACCAAAGAGCAGAGGAAACACCUGAGCAGCUCUUCCCGCGCCAGCCACCAAGAGAAGGAACAGUAUAGUCGACUGGGUGGCGGCGGCCAUUAUAACAGCCAGAAAACACUUUCUACAUCUUCAAUUCAAAAUGAAAUCCCAAAGAAAAAAUCCAAGUUUGAGUCAAUCACGACCAAUGGAGACAGCUUCUCCCCAGACCUGGCCCUGGACUCACCAGGCACUGAUCACUUUGUCAUCAUUGCCCAACUGAAGGAAGAAGUGGCCACUCUGAAGAAGAUGCUGCAUCAGAAGGAUCAAAUGAUCUUAGAGAAAGAGAAGAAGAUCACAGAGUUGAAGGCUGAUUUUCAGUACCAAGAAUCUCAGAUGAGAGCCAAAAUGAACCAGAUGGAGAAGACCCACAAAGAAGUCACAGAGCAAUUACAGGCUAAAAACCGAGAGCUCCUGAAGCAGGCGGCUGCCUUGUCCAAGAGCAAGAAGUCCGAGAAGUCAGGAGCUAUAACCUCUCCGUGAGAGACCACCAGGAGGCUGCCGGCCACCAGCAGAGGGGUUCCUGGGUUAGGGUUGGUGACCUGGCUGUUUUCUGUGAAUUGUAAGCUUUCUUAAGAAAUCUCUAUUUUAUUACAGUUCUCCUCCUUUGCGGGAUUGCAGCGGGCUGAAUGGAAACACCCGGUUUAUGCUGUGUCAUGACUGCAUGCUGGGGUGUUUGGGGUUCCAAGCUCUCUGUCUCACACUCUCACGCCCCCCAGCCCUGCCCUGAGGACUACUCUCUGUCUCUCUCUCUUUCGGUACUACUCUGUGUGUGUGUGUGUGUGUGUGUGUGUGUGUGUGUGUGUGUGUGUGUGUGGCAGUCACUGUUUAGUGUUAUAUGCUGAAUGUUUUUUGGUUUUUGUUUGUUUGUUCGUUUGGUUUUGUUUUUGGUCCAUCGCAUCCUGCCAUACCCAUGAGCUAACAGUUUGGCAUUAACUACAUACAUAUCACUGCCACCCUCUGAACUUUGAAAACUGCCACCUUAAGAUUUGGUACAAUGGAAGAGGCUUUCUCUCUCCAAUAAACCUUUUGCUUCAGGGUAUACUCUUGGGUUUUUUUCCAGGUAUAUUAUGUAUGAACUUUGUACUAUGUAUAGCCAGAGUUUUAUUUAUUUUUUAAAAAGAAACUUUUUCUUGAUAAAGGAAUAAUGGUAGUCUAGCUUGUUCUUCUUGUAAAAGUUAUGCCUCUUUAAAGAAAAAAAAAGCCCUACUCUCUACCUUUCAGUAAAGGAGUAAGACCUUUUCUUGUUUCCUUGGAGUCUUAAAAACUGAUUGUUACGGUGCAACAAUUCAGUGCGUCAGCGUGGAGAUAAGUGCCUUUUGGAGGACUUUUUGGAAGAGCGUUUAAGGAGAUACUUAGGGGAGGUAGCAACGAUUUGGAUAGUCUGUCUUUUUAAAUAAGGACAGAAAGAAAGGUUGUCCAGGUUUUACUGGACAUUUCCCUCCCCCUCCCCUUUCUGGAUUGUUUUAUGUGACUGAUUUUAAAUUCUCACACUGCCACUUCUUUUUAAAGAAAAAAUACCCUUAUAUCAGUUGUUACAUUGGGCCAUUGUCUGAGAGCUUUUAUUUUUUUUUAAUGAGCAGAUUCAAAGCAGAUAAUAUUUGAGCCCUAGAGCAUUUUGGGAGUUAGUAGGAGCUGCUCAAGCACGGGCUCUGGGUCUGAUUGGGAGACGCUGUCACUGUACCUUCUCCCCGUCCCUCCUCAUCUGCCCCACCCGACUUUUCCGGGGAGGGAGAUAGAUUUGCACUGCUAGCCGUUCUCUCAGGUCCUCUGUGGGGUGUUUGUGGAAGAAAUGAGAGGGCUGUGAUGUGCCACGAAACACAGUAGAGUCAGCUACCUUGGACUCCUUGGUGCAGAGGGGUCUCGCGGUUCGAGGUACCCAUGAGGACAGAUGAACUUUGGACCUCAGUGCCCCCAAAUUGUAAGCAGUCGGUUUAACUUGCUAGGCAUUUCCUAGAAGCCAGUGUGACCCGUGAUAACAUUCUCACAAGCGGCCCGUGUACAGAUAUGGACAGAAAUGUGGAAAUGGGUGGUUUCUUUCUGAUAAAAGAAACAAUGGACCACGACGCUCGUCUGUCACUCCAGUAAGGGAGGUCACGUUCCCUUCCGAGCGAGGGACAGGAGGGAAACGGCAGUGCUACACAGUUUUGUAACUUUUUGAAUGAGAAACUUUUAGGUAAAGAUAAACUGUCAGAUAAUAUUUUUCAGAUGCAUUUACAUUUGAUUCUGGGGAAAAGAUUGUGAAAAAAGUUAUAAGUCAUGGUUUGGGUUUUUUUCUUAAUUUGGAAGACUUGAGAAGUUCUGUUUCAUGAAGUGACAAUAUAAAAACACAUAGUUAGUUUUAUACUAAAUCUUUUUUUAAAGUGUUGGCAUUUAAUACAAAGCAGAUUCACACAUUUUCUAACUUUCCACAAGUUCCAAAACGUGAAGGAAGAAACCUCAGUCUUGAAGUUUUGGUUUUUAAAAAUCAUGACACUGUUUUACCAUAAAAUUGAGUAGCUAACUUUUGGUAACACCUUUUGUUUAUUUGUAUGUUUGUAUAAUGAACACUUUGAAACACAGGAAUGUUUUGGUUUGUACAAACUUUGAAAAAUGUGUGUUAAUAAAAAUUCAAAUUGACUCGU